UAAUGCAUUGAUAGUGAAAAAAUGAUGUCUAAAGUGUUUUCAAUUAAUUUGUGAAACCAAUGGAUGCCUUUGAAAAAGUUAGAAAUACUAACUUAUAUCAGGCCUUCAGAUCUGAAGGCUAUCCAUCUAUUUAUGACGAAUACAAGAUAAAUGCUGCCAUCGAUGUCGGCUUAUCGACUAUCAUCUACACAUGUGCUGCCAUUGUCUUAUCAAUAUUACUUAUAUUACCCGGAUUUAGGGGAAAACAGCGUUUAUGUGUAUUCACUCGAUGUUUUGCUAAUAUUUUCAUUGGUUUAUCGAUAUUAUUGUGUAGUUUUGAGCAUCACUGGGAAAGUGAUUCUGUGGACAUUAAUACUCAAUAUAAAGCAGGCAUAGGUAGACACGUCAAUGUCUCAAUUGGACUUAAAAUAGGACUUAAAGGAGUUAAUAUCACACUUAAGGGUAUUCCUGAAAAUCAACUUGGUGAAAUUAUUAAUUAUAAUGAACAUUAUUCAUGGGAAUGGGAUCAGGGAAGACCUGGAUUUGGAUCACAAGCGGGAAGAUUUCAUAGAGAAUAUCGAGAGUCUCAAUACAGAGGUGUUCCCCAUCCCAUCCAAUGGGUUGCGGAAUACUUUACUUUUGAUGGCGAAGGUGUUCGUUGGGGUCGUCAUUACCGACUGUCCGGUUGGUACACACAUAUCCUUAUGUGGUUAUCAGUGCCACUGUUUGUAUUGUCAAACAUAUUAUUUCAAAUGGUUAUACAAUACGGCGCUCUCUUUCUCAUAAUGUGUGGCUCAUCCCUAAUAACGGCUAAUAUAGUCUAUUCAUUGAUAAGAAAUCCAAUACCAUUGCGAAUCCCAUUUGAACAGUACAUAAGCGGUCAAACCGUAUAUUUAAUGCCACAUUUUUCGUGGUGUUAUUACUUGAAUCUUAUUAAUGGAAUAUUUUGUAUGUUUAUUGGAAUCGUUGUAUUCUUCUCUGAUCUCCGAUUUCCCGACGAAACGGCAGAAUUUUUUGGAAUUGAUGUCCUCCAGAGUUAUGAAGAAUAUUUUGCCGAUAUCAAAGUAACAUCAAAUAUAAAAGUAGAUAUCAAUAAAAGUAAAGAUUCUCAACAACAGCAAAACGUGAGUCAAGUUUAUGCCGGACUCAGGAAACGAAAUCUUCCGAAUCGAUUGUCACGACUCCAGAAAUCAUGGGUUAGAAAAAAGCCAAUGACUCAGCCCAGGAGUAUUAACAAUGAUUUACCAUUAAUUCAUGGAUCAAAUCAUCACAAAGAUAACCUAAUUUAUGACUUGGAUGGGGAAACACCACUCUAUGAAAACUUUAGACACUUUGAUCCCAUUGAAGAAACAGAAGAAAAUCAAUUUUAG